CAUCGGCCCUCGGCAUCUCCAACUCACUUCUCCGCAAUUACCAAAUAACAGCCGGGGUCCUUUCCAAACCCCACUCAAAGCUCCCACGCAUCCUCUUUUCACUUCGACCUUGAACAUUCAUCCCUCUGAAGUAAUUCACAAAACCUACCAACCCUUUGACAUCAACCAAACUCGAACAACCUCCAAACCGCGGCAAUGCCGAGUUUCGCCCGUCCACCACCAACCCCCCAACAUGCCCUGCUGUCCUUCCCAGCUCCGCACAUCCUCCUAGUAACUCUCAACCGGCCUCGAGACCUGAACUGCAUCAACUCACAGGGCAAUGCAGAGCUGCAUGAAGUGUGGGAGUGGAUGGACGAUGAGCCCAGUCUGAGAGUCGGCAUUCUGACCGGCAAGGGGAGAGCUUUUUGCGCGGGAGCUGAUCUGAAAGAAUGGAACGACCGCACCCAAUCAUCAACCUCCAAAUCCCCCAUGCCAAACUCCGGCUUUGGCGGUCUAUCCCGACGCAAGGGCCGCAAGCCCGUUCUCUGCGCUGUUAACGGGCUUUGCUUCGGCGGCGGCGCCGAAAUGAUGAUCAACUCUGACAUGGUCAUCGCCUCUUCUCGCGCCGCCCUGGGUCUCCCCGAGGUGAAGCGCGGAGUCGUCGCGCUCGCGGGUGCCCUGCCCCGUCUCGUGCGAACGGUCGGCAAACAGCGCGCCAUGGAGAUGGCUCUGACGGGCCGGCCAUACACCGCCGAGCAAGCUGAGCGGUGGGGAUUGAUCAAUGAGAUUGUUAAUGUGGACGAUUGUGUUGGGGCUGGGGGCAAGGUCGAUGACGAUGCAGUGUCGAAGAAGGUGGUUGAGCGGGCGGUGCAGGUUGCCUCUGAGAUUGCGGCGAAUAGCCCCGAUGCAGUGCUGGUUAGCCGAGAGGGGAUUAAGUUGGGAUGGGAGGGGAUUGGGGCUGAGGAGGGGACGGUAAUGUUGAAUGAUACUUGGGUGCGGCGGUUGUAUGAGGGGGAGAAUAUCAAGGAGGGACUCAAGGCUUUUGUCGAGAAGAGGAAGCCGGAUUGGAAGGAUAGUAAGCUGUAAAUAAGGCUUUGCAUUGAAAUCGGUCCCUGGUAUCAGGGUAGCUGGUACAGCUAUAUGGCAACUGAAUAUAUACAUCUAUUUGACCAUGCUCUACAAUCACAUGGCCCUGCGUAGCACUAGUCUAAUGAAUGGCUCGAAUGCUCGGGAUAUCUGCU